AUGCUGAGGAGCGCUGCGCUGCGCGCCCAGCCCGUCCCCUGCCCACCCACCUGCCGGUGCAUCUCCCGCCACGCGGCGCGGUCCUCGCGGGGCAGCGUGGCGCACAUCGCCGCGCUCGGCCCCACCAACCGCACGCACGCCUUGCUCUUCCAAGUGGGCCGCCGCGGCGCCUUGCAGGACCGCAGCUUCGGUGGCAGGACCGUCCUGCGGCGCCUGAUGCUGUCCGACAGCCACGUUUCGGCCACUGCUCCCGGCACUCUCCACGACCUGAUGAAACUCAAAGCCCUGAGGGUAUCGCUUAACUAGAUAACCCGCCUUCCAGGCGCGCCAUUGGAUAAGCUGGUGCUCCUGGAACAGCUGUUUUUGGACGGCAAUGCACUAAGGAGCCUUGACCAGAACAUGUUUCAGAAACUGGUUAACCUGCAGGAGCUCUGUCUGAACCAAACCCAACUCGCUUUCCUUCCUGCUAGCCUCUUCACACACCUGGGGAACCUGAUAUUGUUGGACUUACCGGGAGAUAAUUUGGCCCACCUGCCCGGGGGAUUAUUUGGGGUCCAGGUUAAGCUUGAGAAGAAGCUUCCGCUCCACUCGAGCCACUUCGUCUCUCUGGAUUCGGGGCUGCCGGAGAGCCUGCGCGCCCUGAUGCAGCUGCAGCUCCACCGAAAUCGCAUCCGUUCCGUAGCUCCCGGCGCCUUCGGCCUGAGUUCUCAGCCUCUUUCCAGAAACCGCCUUGAGUUUCUGCCCGCUGCCCUCUUUCUUCAGACGCACAAUUUGACCUCCCUGACCCUGCUCGAGAACCCGCUGGGGGAAGCCCCCGAGGGGCUCUUCGGGGAGGCGGGCGGCCUGCGGGAGUGGCUGCGCGGCACCCGGCUGCGCCCCCCGCUGCCCGCGCGGCCUCGGGGGUCUCGGCGAGCGGCGGGCCCCCCUGCGCCCCCCUGCGCCCUCCCUCCCCGUCGCGCGCGCGCGCUGCCCCGCGGCCUCCGCGGCCCGCAGGCGGCCCAGCCCGACCCCAGGCAGCCGCGGACGCUUCCCGGCGCCGCGUGUGCCCCUCGGCCCCGGCUGCCCGGGGUCCUGCCGCCGCCCCGCCCGCGCUCGUCCCGAGGCCCCGCGGCCGCCCCGCGCGGGCGCCCGGCCGGCGGCCGAGGGCAGACGCCAGGACCGCCGCCGGUCCCGGGUCUGUCUUUUGUGCUUUUCGCGGCUCGGGCCUUACCAGCCGGGAGCACCGUGCGCGAUGGUUAA